UUCAGAGUAAUGAAGCUCUGCAGGCAGACUGCUGGUCUCGGGAUCGCGCAUCACUGUAGCGGGAUCGCGCCCGCGCGCUGAAUUCCUUGUGCGUGUCUCGCGGCGCUCCACUCUCUCACUCCACUCUUUCCCACGCUUGAUCCGGACAGGAAUCUCGGAGCUUCACAACACACACACGCGCGCGCGCACGCGAGGGAUAGGAGGAGAGCUGGAGCAUCUCUGGAGCUUUUAUCACUAUUCUUCUGCCUGACCUAAGACAUGUAAGUCCACUUUGUCCUUUGAGAUGGUGGGUUUGUUCUUGUUUUGUAAAAGCAAUGAAAAAAAGUCGUGAUGUCUGACAGGAUUCUGACCUUCCUGUAUUUUUCUGGAACUUUGUAACGUAAAUGUGGUUUGAUUUUGUCAAGGUUGGAUUGCUUGAGUGGCAGAAAUGUUGUAGGAGGAGAUAAAUUAUUACAAAGUUAUUCAGUGACUUCUGAUCAUGGAUGUGAUGUGGAGGAAUGUGUCCAACUGUUCAUCCAACUGCAUUUGGGAUGCCAAUGCUAAUUACACUCACGUGUAUACCUCGCCGCCACCCGUGGCCAUCUUCCCUGUCCCUGUCCUGAUCGGCGUAACGAUCACGUGUGUGCUCUUCUUUCUUGUGGGGGUGGUGGGAAAUUUGACCACCAUCAUGGUGGUGCUGAAGUACAAGGAGAUGCGUAGUACCACCAACCUGUACCUGUCCAGCAUGGCGUUCUCGGACCUGCUGAUCUUCCUGUGCCUGCCGUUGGACCUGUACAGGAUGUGGCGUUACCGCCCAUGGACGUUGGGGAACGUGCUGUGCAAACUUUUCCAGUUCGUCAGCGAGUGUUGCACCUACUCCACCAUAUUGAACAUGACGGCACUAAGCGUGGAGCGAUACUUCGCCAUCUGCUUUCCGCUCAGGGCUAAAGUCGCCGUGACGAAGCGACGUGUACGAGGCCUGAUCCUCGCGCUCUGGACCGUGGCAUUGUGCAGCGCCGGACCCGUGUUCAUCCUGGUGGGCGUCGAGCAUGAAAACGGCACAGACUGGCGCGAGACCAGCGAGUGCAAGGCCACGGAGUACGGAGCUCGGACAGGCCUCCUGAGUGCCAUGGUGUGGGUCUCCAGCGGGUUCUUCCUGCUGCCUGUCUUCUGUCUGACUGUUCUCUACGGACUUAUCGGACGCAAACUCUGGAGGAGGAAGAGGAGGAGGAGGGACAGGAUGAAGAGCAGGGACAGCAGCAACAGGCAGACCAUCAAGAUGCUUGCCGUGAUGGUGUUCGCAUUUGUCCUCUGCUGGCUCCCGUUCCACGUGGGUCGUUACUUGUUCUCGACGUCGCCCGAGGCCUUCGUGUCUCCGUUAUGGUCUCUGAUCUCUCAGUACUGCAGCCUUGUUUCCUUCGUCCUCUUCUACCUCAGCGCCGCUAUUAACCCCAUCCUCUACAAUGCCAUGUCGAAGAAGUACAGGAACGCCACGCUGCGUCUCUUCAGCCACAGCUCACCAAGCUUCACCGAGUCCAGCGUCAGCUGCUGACACCAAAUGCAUGUGUGAAGUCCCAUGAAAUGAACAGUUUCAGAUCCUCUGAGCAGGAUGAAGCUCUUAGUGAAGAUGAAAGAAAUGUUUCACACAAACCCUAGAUCCUUUAAUAUAUCACAAUACAUAUCAACUGUGUGUACGGGUGUGUGUUUGUGUGCGUGUGUGUUUGUAUG